AUGUUUAAAGCGAUUUGCUUUUUGUUGCUUCUGUGCCAAAUCAGUGUUUGUUGUGUCAGUGCUUCUGAACCCCAGAAGAAAAAUACAAGUGACGAAAACUUUGAAACAAACGAUGAAAAGUGUUCACAGCUUUCAUUCAGUGAUACAGACAUUGAAACGGCUCUGAAUAGAGCCGAAGAGUUACGGAACCGAUUGAAGUCCAUCGAGAAUGAUAUUCAAGAGAAACGGUUAUUCAUUGAUACGACCGUAAUAUCGGCCGCCGCUCGACAUCUCAUUCCCUCACAAAACAAGCAUUUCUUGCGGGAAAUACACGAAAAUCAGCGCCUCUUUGAGGAAGUGUCCCGACAUUUGAUACAAAACCGAAGUCUUAGCCGAGAGGAAGCGCUGUCUCUGAAGCACAACCCGCGGGUGGAGUCACACAAACUGAUCCGCGUUAAGCGACAGACGUGUCGCUCAAAACAGGCGAUAUCUUGUCCGGCGAAGAGUCGCUUCCGGACGCCCGACGGCAGCUGUAAUAACGUCCGCAACACUCGAUGGGGAAAGUCGUUUGAGUGCAUCGCUAGACUCCUGGACCCGGAAUACGCCGACGGCGUAUCGGUGCCACGAGUGGCCCGUUCGGGUCGGCCGCUGCCAAACCCCCGCAUACUGUCCGUAUCGAUUCACGCUCAGGAGGACGUGUCGGCCAACUACACCCAUAUGUUGAUGCAAUUCGGCCAAUUCCUCGACCACGACAUCUCGCUAACACCGGUCACACAACUUCGCUCGGGUGGCAUACAGUGCUGUCCCCGACCCACACAUCCCGACUGUUUCGAGAUACCAAUCCUACCCAACGACGCCUUCUAUAACCGAAUGGGCAAACGGUGUAUAAACUUUGUCCGAUCGGUUCCCUGCGAGUCGUGUACCGCCGGCGCGAGGCUUCAGCUCAACGAGUUGUCCGCUUUCAUCGACGCGUCCAAUGUUUACGGCAAUAGUCUUAACGACACUCUCGGCCUCCGAAAUAAAGACGGUCUGUUGGCCGUCGGCUUUGACAGGAAGGGUAAGCAUAUAUUGCCUCAAAGUAAUAAUAUAGACAACGAUCAGUGCAGUCGACCCAAUAAGCUGUGCUUUCGGGCCGGAGAUAACUCCCGCGUCAAUCAACACCCGGCGCUCACUUUGACAGGAAGGAUGAGACAGCACAAUCGGGUGGCCUCGGCUCUAAAGCAAUUGAACCCCACGUGGGAUAGUGAGCGUGUGUUUCAAGAAUCUAGGCGCAUAAUCGGAGCCCAAAUGCAAAUGAUAACAUACAACGAAUUCUUGCCGAUAGUGUUGGGCCCGAAAGUAAUGCAAUUUUACAAAAUCGGUGUCAACAGCACGGGGUUCACCAAAUACGACCCGGCGGUCAACCCGUCCAUUCUGAGCGAGUUCUCGAGCGCCGCGUUCCGGUUCGGGCACAGUAUAGUGAACGGCCGAUUCACCAUGAUCAGCGCCAGCACACCCUCCCAGAAGUCAUCGUUCAAUUUAAGGGACAACUUUUUUACGCCCACCCGAAUGCAUCAAGGUCAGAUGGACUUUAUCCUACGCGGUCUCGUCGGUCGCAGUGCCCAACGCUUCGACCCCUUCUGUCACGGAGACCUUUUGACAGGAAGGUGCAGUCGACCCAAUAAGCUGUGCUUUCGGGCCGGAGAUAACUCCCGCGUCAAUCAACACCCGGCGCUCACCACUUUGCACACACUCUGGAUGAGACAGCACAAUCGGGUGGCAUCGGCUCUAAAGCAAUUGAACCCCACCUGGGACAGUGAGCGUGUGUUUCAAGAAUCUAGGCGCAUAAUCGGAGCCCAAAUGCAAAUGAUAACGUACAACGAAUUUUUGCCGAUAGUGUUGGGCCCGAAAGUAAUGCAAUUUUACAAAAUCGGUGUCAACAGCACGGGGUUCACCAAAUACGACCCGGCGGUCAACCCGUCCAUUCUGAGCGAGUUCUCGAGCGCCGCGUUC